AUGGCUACUAGGACUCAGUUUGAAAACUCUAACGAUGUCGGUGUGUUCUCUAAAUUAACGAACUCGUAUUGUUUGGUUACGGUAGGUGGGUCGGAGAAUUUUUACUCUGCGUUUGAAGCAGAACUAGGUGAUGCUAUCCCUAUUGUACACACGACAAUUGCUGGAAUACGUAUUGUUGGGAGAAUGACGGCCGGAAACCGUAGAGGUUUGUUGGUUCCUACGCAGACGACUGAUCAGGAGUUGCAGCAUUUGAGAAAUAGUCUACCCGAUUCUGUGAAGAUUCAAAGGGUUGAAGAGAGACUUUCAGCGUUGGGUAAUGUUAUAUGUUGUAACGAUUAUGUUGCGUUGGUGCACCCAGAUAUUGAUAAUGAGACAGAGGAGUUGAUUGCGGAUGUUCUUGGCGUUGAGGUGUUUCGUCAAACCAUAUCUGGUAAUGUGUUAGUGGGAUCGUACUGCGCGUUGAGCAACCAGGGUGGUUUAGUUCACCCGCAAACUACUAUACAAGACCAAGAAGAAUUGUCUUCUUUGUUGCAGGUGCCGUUAGUUGCAGGUACUAUAAACCGUGGUUCGAGCGUUGUGGGUGCUGGUAUGGUUGUGAACGACUAUUUGGCUGUGACUGGGUUGGAUACUACUGCUCCCGAGUUGAGUGUUGUGGAGUCUAUCUUUCGUUUGCAAGAUGCUCGGCCGGAUGCUAUUUCUGGGGACUUGCGUGAUACCUUGAUUGAGACGUAUUCCUAA